AUCGAUAUCGUUUGCAUGGACCUGGAGAUGCAAACAGGACAAAUCGACAAGCCGCUCGCGGAUCGGACUGCACAAGACGGUGGUCGGGAUGACCCGGUCACGGGCGCGCUAGCGGGAAGAAGAAACAGAAUGGUCUCGGUCCUUUGGGUGGGAAGAGAAAUAUCGUUGGAAGUAAAGAGUGUCGGAGAAGAAGAAUAAAAGGGGAAAAAAAAGAAGCUGCCAGCAGGAACCAAGCACCAGCAGGUCCGUGUCUUGCACACGAGGCAAAGAGCCGAUGGGACGAACGGGAAUGGAAGUCUG